AUGAAAAGAUCGUGGGGCAACGAAGAUGAUGAUGAUGAGCUUCUAGCUAAAGCAAUGGAGGAGUGGGAGAGAAAAGGACAACUGGGAGGUGCUGCCAGAAAGCCAUUGUUCGAGUUUGACAUGACUAUAGUUGGUCCUCGAAAAAAUUGGAAAAAUGUGGUGAACCAAACGCAGUUUAGUGCCAAACUUAGACAAUUACGUGAUCCAGAUGGAGACGAUAUAGGUAGUGCCAUAACAGAAGCAUUGUAUAAUGCAAUCGAGAGAGAAUUACGCAGAGAGGACAGACAUCCCAAUGAUUGGGUAAAUUUCAACAUUACUGCGCACGGAUUCGCACACGCGUAUCAAAGCAUCAAUUUUACGGUGGGUGAAUUUUUAAACAAGACACUACGUUUGAAUGAACUUUUGGAACAGUUGGCGGGAAAGUUAAAUAGUAAUGAGUCCUUUCAGCAAAAUCAGUCAUUUGAAGUCGAUGUGGUAUUUGUCAAGACACCACAACCCGGUCGUGGCAGAAAAAACAGAAACCCGGGCCAAAGAUGCCUAGAUAAUGAAAAUAAACGUAAACGAUGCAUCAUUCCUAUAAAAAAUAGGGAUGAUCUAUGCUGUCCCCGAGCCAUCGCGACCAUGAUUGCUCAUUGCAGACGAGAGGAGUCCAAUGAUGCCUCAUUUCAUUGGCGCUACAUGAAAGAGGGAAAGGCUGUUCAAGAACAUGCCGCCCGUGAACUUUGCGAACUAGCGGGUGUCAAGCCAGGACCGUGUGGAUUGGAGGAAUUGCAAAAAUUCCAAGAGUAUUUGCAACCAGAGUAUCAACUGUUAGUCAUGUGUCGCACGAAACCCUUUUUUUUAAUUUUUAAGGGUCCUCCUGCCCCUCACGAGAUCAAGAUUAUCAAGUCCGAUGAUCAUUACGAUGGAUGUACAUCGUUUUCUGCUUUUGUUAAUCGAUCUUAUUGGUGCUCGCUAUGCGAGCGCGGAUUUAACAUAAAUGACGCUAAACAUCAUCCGUGUGACGGAACAUCGUGUCAUUCGUGCAACCGAACAGAUUGUCCCAAUUACAAACGGAAUGGACAUCCUACCUUGAUCUGUGAUUGGUGCCAUUGUCGAUUUUAUGGACCAAAUUGUUUUCAACAUCACCUCACAACGAAGCAAUGUCAGUCACAUAAGACUUGUCUGAAAUGUUUUGCCGAAUAUAAUGUGAUAAAAGGCAAGCGUCAUCGGUGUGGAUUUGCGUCCUGCCCUUCAUGCAGGCAGGUAGUGGACAUUAGAACCCACAAAUGUUUCAUACAGCCUCACGUGGAGAAAGAAUCUCAACCCGAAAUGGAUGAAGAGGGGAACGAAAAACAACCACUACCUCCACCCCUGUUCGUGUGGGCCGAUAUAGAGGCCAUGCAGUUAGCCGACAGGCAGUUUGAACCCAACAUGUUGUGCUACAGGACCAGUGAAAGCGAGAACAUUGUCACCCGCAAAGGCAAGGACUGUGUGAAAACGUUUUUACACGAUUUGGACGAUUUGACGGACAUACCAAAUGAUGACCGUGAUAGGCAGGUUAUUGUCAUAUUCCAUAACCUAAAGGGCUUUGACGGUGUAUUUCUUAUCAACGAACUGUACAAGCAAAAACGUACCGUCGAAAAUCAGCUAACCAUAGGAUCGAAAGUCUUAGCCUUUGAGAGCGGGAGCCUCAAGUUUAAGGACUCCUUGUGUUUCAUACCAUUUCCGCUAGCGGCCUUUCCACAAACUUUUAACUUGAAUGAGUUAAAGAAAGGAUUUUUCCCUCAUCAAUUUAACCUACCCCACCACCAAGAGUAUGUGGGUCGAAUUCCUGACAUCGAGUUUUUUGACCCCGAUGGAAUGUCAGAAAAGAAAAAGAAAGAAUUGGAAGAGUGGCACGCAAAGCAAAUACGACGCAAUGUUCAUUAUGAUUUUCAACAAGAAAUGGAGGACUAUUGUAAGAGUGAUGUGGUCCUCCUGCAAGCAGGAUGUGAUGUGUUUUCAAAACAAUUUAAGAGUCACGCAGGUUUCGAUCCAUUUGAAAAAUGUGUUACCAUUGCUUCUGCUUGCCAUUUGUAUUGGCGAAAACAUUGCCUUGAAGAAGAUACAAUUGCGGUAGAACCUCUGAAAGGGUGGAGGGGCAGCAAAGUAAACCAAUCUGUAAAGGCCUUACAGUGGCUUAUGUACGAAGAAAACCGUAUCCCCAAGAAAGAUGCCAGUGCAGAUCAGAUUAAACAUGUGAAAAAUGGAGGGGAACAGUGUGUGACGACGUCCACAGAUUCUUACUUUGUAGACGGUUUCAAUCCUGAAACCAACACAGUGUUCGAGUUUAACGGAUGCUUUUGGCAUGGUUGCCCAACUUGUCAUAGCAACAAUCGUCACUGUAAGCAUGCGGUAAAUGCAGACCGUACCAUGGAAGAGUUGUACAGAGCGACUCAAGCUAAGGAAGAAGCACUCAGAACAGCAGGCUAUCAUGUUAAAGUAAUGUGGGAGUGCAAGUGGGACGAUUUAUGCAAGACCAAUCCUUUUGUCAAGAACUUCAUAUCCACGCUGUCAUUGGUCAAACCUCUUGAACCGAGAGAUGCAUUUUUUGGUGGGAGGACUGGGGCGGUGGCCCUACAUGCCGUAGCAGGGGAGGGGGAGGAAAUACGUUAUGUAGAUGUAACCUCCCUCUACCCCUGGGUAAACAAGAAUUGUGUUUACCCAAUAGGACAUCCCUCCAUCUUCACCAACCCACGCAAUCAAGACAUCAACAACUAUUUUGGACUGGCGACGGUAGAUGUUCUUCCUCCGGCUGGUCUAUUCCACCCAGUCCUGCCCGUACGCAGUGGGAAUAAACUCACGUUCCCUCUAUGCACCGCCUGUGUGAAGAUUGAGCAAAUGAAUCCUAUGCUGUUGAGAAGUAGUACUUGCUGUCACACGCCCGAAGAACGCACCUUAAGAGGGACAUGGGCUACGCCUGAACUACAUAAAGCCGUGGAAAAGGGCUACAAAGUAAUAAAAAUAUUUGAAGUGUGGCAUUUUGGACCAAAGCAGAGACGAAAGGGACUAUUCCAAAAUUAUGUAAACACGUUUCUCAAAUUGAAACAAGAAGCCAGCGGUUGGCCUGCGGAAGUGGGAGAUGACCCUGAAAAACGUCAAGAUUACAUUGCGAAUUAUCUCCGACAUGAGAACAUUCAAUUAGACCCUGAGAAGAUUGAAAAGAAUCCCGGCAAACGAGCUACAGCGAAAUUGAUGCUGAAUUCAUUUUGGGGCAAGUUUGGGGAAAGGCAAAAUAAGCCAAAGACCGUGACGAUCACGCAACCGUCCCAGCUGUACCCCUAUUUGUUCUUGUCCAAUUUUUCAUUGCACAAUCUGCGCAUCUGCACUGAAGACGUACUUGAAGCAGUAAUUACUGAAGUCAAAGACAAUGUCGUGCCUAGUGUGAAGACUAACAUUUUCAUCGCUUGCUUAACGACUGCUUGGGCCAGACUACGUUUGUACGAAGCCUUGGACGUACUAAAAGAACAGGUGUUGUAUUACGACACAGAUUCUGUAAUUUAUAGGUGGAAACCCAAUGGGCCGGAAUUACCCUUGGGACAAUACUUGGGACAAUUCACAAAUGAAAUGGACCAGCCCAAUGAUUACAUCACGGAGUUUGUUAGCGGAGGAGCUAAAAACUACGCGUACAGAACAAUUCAAGGUAAAACCGAAUGCAAAGUCAGAGGAUUCACCCUUAAUGUGAGAGGGAAAGAGAUUCUUAAUUUCGAGACAAUGAGAAAAAACAUUCUAAGCGAACUUAACGACCCACAGCAACAAAGGCGUGUUAUAAACGUAUCGAAUCCCAACCAUUUUAAAAGAGACACGGUGCAAAAGUCCAUAAAGCUAAUGCAUCAAGUAAAGCAAUAUGGUCUUGUUUUCGACAAGCGCGUCAUCGACAAAGACACAAAAAUGAGCUACCCCUUUGGGUACAGAGUGUUAACAGAACCCGAUCGAGAAAAUGUGAACAAUUUAUAA